AUGCAUGAGACAGACAAUGGCAAGCGGAAGCUUCCCUUCUUCAAAUCCACAAGUCCAAUCGACCGCCAGCGAAAGUCCACCGUCCACUGGCAUCGCAUAUUACGGUCGCUGUUGUAUUUGAUCGCUUGGAUCUUUUUGGUGCUGGUAGUCAUUGGCAAUGUCUCCGAUAAACCAGUUCUACGCAGUACAUACUUCCUCUACCUCGAUCUUGCCAAUAUUAUCCCAAUCUCCAUCCCCAAUGCCGUCCUUAUCAACUCCAUCGCCCAAACAAUCGGUCUGCACGACUUCUACCAGGUCGGCCUAUGGAACUUUUGUGAAGGGUACAAUGGACAGGGAAUCACCCACUGCUCCAAGCCAGAGACUCUCUAUGCCUUCAACCCCGUUGAGAUCAUCUUAAAUGAGCUGCUGGCCGGUGCAACAAUCGCUCUCCCGGCCGACAUUGAAGGCCCAUUGAAUUUAGCCCGCACCGCCUCCCACUGGAUGUUCGGACUCCUCCUCGCCGCAGCGGUCCUGAAUUUUGUUUUGAUCUUCGUCGCCCCGCUCGCCGUGUCCUCUCGACACCCCCGGAACAUCAAAGCCUGGGCAGCAGGGUACAAUGACGGCCACCCGCCCGCGGGGAAUCCACCUCACCGCCGCCGGACCUUCGUCUGGCUGCGCGCGCUGCCCAUGUUGAUUCUGACAUUUUUCACCGCGCUGGUGACGGUCGUCGGGUCUGCUGUGGCGACGGUGAUGUUCGUGAUCUUCGCCAACGUCUUCUCAAACGCCGACCCGAGAAUCAACAUCCAGGCACACGUCGGCACCCAGAUGAUGGUCUUUAUGUGGAUUGCUUCGGCGUUCAGUUUGAUCGCCUUUAUCCUUCAAAUCGGCUCUUGCUGUGCGGCUUGUUGUCGUGGUCGCAAGGCUCGUAAGGAGCUCAAGUCGCAGGGUGUUAAUUGGCGAGAGAAGGGGUCUGCCCCCACUGCGACCGAAGAUCGUGAACCCCAUGCCAUCUCCAACUGA